AUGGCCAAGCAAGCCUCUCGCAAGAAAACCGGCGGCCGUGACGUGUCAACUCGUCGGCAGGGAUCGCGUGGCGGCCGGAACGCCCGCCAAGCAUCGAGAAGCCCAAUCGGGCUUGAUGAUGAGCCGAUUCACCCUGCGCCGGGUCCCAAUGUUCACGGAGCUAAUACGGGUGCCGGUCACAGUGGCGGGCAGGCUGUCCCCGGCCGACUAUUCAGCAUUCCGAAGGAAGAGCCCGGCCGACUCUUCAACAUUCCCAAGGAAGAGCCCGGCCGACUUUUCAAUAUUCCGAAGGAAGAGCCUGCAGAUGCGAUUCUGCCAAUUGCCACCCACGCAGCAUCCGGCCGGAAUGUUCACGGACCGAGGACAGAUGCCGGUGGCAGUGGGGAACCAAUCGCCCCGGGCAAGUUCUUCAACAUUCCAAAGGAAGAGGAUGUGGAGAUGGCCGUGCCUAUUGCAGGUCCAGAGCGUGCUCGCUCGGCGUCGGUGGCUCCACGCCUAUUUGGAAUCCCGAUGGAAGUUGAUUCGGACGUUGGUACCGACAAGAAGGUGCCUGUCGAGUCGCCGCUGGCGACGGUGAGAAGGGGAGGAAGCUUGUUCGGCAUCCCAACGGAGGAUGAGAUACCGGACAUGGAUCCGCUUGUCGCGAAGAUGUUGGCAACAACACUAGCAUCGCGGGCCGGGAGCUCCGUUGCACGUAGUGUUGCCGAGGUUCAGUCCUGA